UAUAUAAAGUUACUGUCCGCAUUGCGUGUGUAUGGUGCAUGAAUCUGCUGGAAUCAACCAUGUCACAUGAUUUCAGCCUGAGUUCUUUGCUGGAGAGGGGUGAAGCUGUUACCUUAGACCUAGACUCGUGGUUCUUGGAAGACAUCGACCUGCUGGAAGGAAGUGAGUACGACAGCAACGAGUCGUACGUCAGCAAUGAGUCGUUUGUCAGCGUGUGUGACCCGAAAGAGGUCCGGCACUUCGAGGCGGUCUUCAUACCAGUGCUGUACUCGGUGGCCUUCGUCGUGGGCAUCAUGGGCAACGGGCUUCUCCUGGGAAUUCUGGCUCGGAGCCGGAAGACGUGGAGCGUGACGGACACCUUCAUCCUGCACCUGGCUGUGGCUGACGUCCUGUUGCUGUUCACACUACCCUUGAUGACCGCACAGGACGCCCAAAUUCUUGGGUGGACCUUCGGCACGCCUCUCUGCAAGAUCACUGGAGCUGUUUUCACAAUCAACUUCUACUGUGGAAUCUUGCUUCUGGCGUGCAUCAGUCUGGACCGCUACCUGUCCAUCGUGCACGCCACCCAGAUGUACUCUCGCCGGAAACCCUGGCUCAUCCAGUCCAGUUGCCUGGCCGUCUGGCUCUUCUCGGUUGUCCUCUCCGUGCCUGACUGGAUCUUCCGGGAGGCGUUGCACGAUGCAAGGCGAAACAAAACAGAGUGUGUGUCCAACUUUCACUCGUGGAGACUGGCCUCGCGUCUCCUCGACCACAUCGCUGGCUUCCUGCUGCCGUCGCUUGUCCUCAUCUUCUGCUACUCGUGUAUCCUGCGCCGGCUACGCUGCGGUACAGGGGGCGCCCAGAAGCAGAAGGCGUUUUGGGUCAUCGCUGCCGUGGUGGUGGUGUUCUUUCUCUGUUGGACGCCGUACAACAUUGUCCUCAUGGUGGACACGGCUUUUUUGGACGACACCAGCACCAGUUGUGAAUUUAGAGCCUCUCUGGCGAAGGCUAUGAUUAUCACCCAGACUAUAGGCUACCUCCACUGCAGCCUCAACCCCAUCCUGUACGCCUUUGUGGGGGUCAAGUUUCGCCAUCAGCUCCUGGACAUCAUGAGGAUCCUUACCUGCAAAUCCGAGAAACUCCAGUCAGCCGUCGGCAGAAGGAGAACCUCCAUUUGGUCUGAGUCUGCAGACACCACAAACUCCCUAGCAAUCUGAAACACAUGACAACAGAAGCAUGCACACACCAGAACCAACCUCCUGAAAAAUAUGUAUCUAGAGACAUUUCCAUUGUACCAAAACCCUUUUGUGUAUACAACAAUUUUCAACAACAAUUUUCUUCUAGUAUCGCUUCGAUUUCAACAGCAUACAUACCAUAAGUACUGUAUUACACUGUGCCAUUAAACAUACAUGAAUACAUGUUUUGUUUCACAUU